ACGGAAAUGAUUUCAUGGAAAGCGAAAAACACUGUGCGCUGGCACAUACUAUCCUUCGAUGGAAUUCCAGUUGUUCUCACGAAGAACGUCAGAAAAGGUCUCGUCGUUGCACUUUUGUUCAACUUUUUCUUUCCCUUUUGCCUUCGUGGUAAAAGAACCUCUUCCUCUUGCUCUUGUUCGUCUGUUCUAGUUUUCGUGCAAGUAGGCUGUAUGAGCAUGAUCGGUAAAAACUACAGUAAACUUUCUCAGGAGAGAGCUUGCUACCCCUACACAACACAUAGUUGCUCCAGCAGAAUAGGCAGUUUCACAAUUGUUUCCACGAGAGCUCACAUUUUCGAGUUUAUCUCUUCUAUCCCAUUCGUCAUCUUCGUGUAUUGGCGUGCUCGAACUGCUUUUUGCGUCAUCGGAUUUAUUUCAUCUAUAUUUUCCAUUUAUUGUUUCACUUUCUCUACCUUAUAAACCGCACCCGGGACGAGGAGCGAGGACCACGACGUCGAUCAUGUUUCCCUGUUUCCGCACGACCGAAUGGAUGGACAAAGUUUUUUCCAAGCAAGGCUGCGAAGAGUUGCUCCAGGAAUCGUCUCGCGGCUGCUCGUCCACGUUUACUUCCUCGUCCUCCUCUUCUGCUUCUAGCAGCGCGACAUCAACAACUCCAGCAACCGCAGGGAAUGAAAUGAGCAGUACUAGUACAGCCGGCAUAUUAACGAACAUUGGCGAGGAAAAAAUAAACCAAAAAAAACCUCCGCAGCUCCUUCCACUCAGCGAAAUCGACCUGACCCCUUCGUACAUCAAGAAUUUCCCAACCGCCAACCUUUUCCCGCAGAAAGUUCAGGAGGUUCGGGAGCAGAUUCGAAGGACUUUAUUUCGGCAGGUUUUGUUCAAGAUACAGAACGUGGAGGUGACGUACAUGAAAAAGUGCAAGCAGGACAGAAGGUUGGUGGAAGUGGUGAAGAGCAGAACUGAUAGCUCUUCAACAAGAGGUGGUGUUAAAAAUAGUGGUGGUCCAAAUUUUAUCCAGGAAAAAACACCCAUCCCCAUCCAUUUUUUGCAUGACAAAUACGGGAUUUUAUGCAUGUUUUGCAUCACAAAUUGGAUGGGGAUGGGUGUUUUUUCCUGGAUAAUUUUUUUCUCGGAUGUUGGCAGAAGCGAAGAACCGGAGCCACCGCGACGAGCCACCACGACGGGACUAACAGCAACAUCUUCAGCAUCGACCAGCCCCACAACUUCUUCGUCUACAUUCGAUUUUCACCCUGAACUUCUUCUCGGCCGCAUGCGCAGCUUCUUCUUUGACGCGCUGCACCGGCGGAGUUUGAUCGAGAACCUGAAUUGGCUGCCGGGGUUGCCGCCUCUUCUUUCAGGGUUCUUUUCAUCUGGUCCCACGUCUUCAGACGACGUUGAUACAGGAAGUAGGGGAGCGGCCCAGCUGCACCAGCCUGGCAGUGCGUACAACAAAAUCGAGUUUCUUCGGGAAAUAUCAAAUGCAAAAAUGUCUGGGUCUGGAAGAAUGUAAGUUUGUCAUGCUUGUCUGGCAUGACUCGAGAAUCUGUGUUGCAGAGGCACGAAAAGGCCCUCUUACCUGUCAUGCACAAACGCAGUGUGCCAUGCGGAAUACGUAAGGCAUGGCAGCCAGAAAAUUUGUCAUGCAUAGCUGCGUAUUGCAGUGCGGCUUAUCAUUCACUUUUAGCAUUACAAGUUUAUUCCAGACCCAGACAUAUUUGCAAUCCAUAGGAAGAGAUUUGGCGAGUGGACAGGUGUGAGGAGCUGCGCGAAUACCGUGUACGGUAUAUCCUGAGUAAAAACGUCCCCACACCAGAGUUGUCAUGCAGAUUUGCAAUGACAGGAACAUUUGUAAUGCGCAUCGCCAGGAGAGGCAUUUUUAGUCGUGUUUUGGAAUUUGUAAUGCUGUAAACAGGAUGAGCAGAUGGAUUUCUGAUGCAGCUGGCCUUGCGAACCUGUACUACACUACGGACUGCAACUUGUGAUGCGUGACCCCAAAAAGUUCUAGGUUUGUGUUGCAAAAUCCCCAUCUUGGCUCUGGUGUGGGGAUGUUUUUACUCAGGAUACGGCACUACCGGGAGGCCCAGGGUGACGGUUUUUCCACCUUUGUGAUGCCAAAACACUGGCGAGAUAAGGUCGCGUUUGUGUGGUACCACUUCUGGCAAUAGAUCAGAUUCAGGAUGUCAGUGCCGUGGUGUUGGGUCCUGGACCUGUGACAUUCAAGUAGUUCUUUCUUUUCAUCGGCAAAACAAAGGUGGACAACGCUGAGGCUAUAGAAGCAAUAAUCAUCAAAAUCAAAUAACAAGUCUUCGUCUGGAUCGUUCCGACAAGUAGGUACUGGUUACGACAGCUUCUGACGAU